UGCAGUAUAUCAUGAAGGAUGGAUUGGACUGCAGAGAGGAGGAAGCAAUCUCCCCUCGUCUGAGAAACUUGGAAGAAAAUGUCUGUGGUACUAGGAAGAUAACCUGACAACAUGAGUAAUAUAGACAGAGCUGUUGAAGUUCUGACCAUCAGGGUGAGAUGGAAGGCCAGCUGUAGAAUCAGCCAAAGGGAAAUAUGCUCACAUGCUGUUUAAUGAACUGUUUGAAGACUACUCCAAUGCUCUGAGACCAGUGGAAGACACAGAUAAAGUACUGAAUGUCACCCUUCAGAUCACGUUGUCCCAAAUUAAAGACAUGGAUGAAAGAAACCAAAUUUUGUCAGCUUACUUGUGGAUUCGACAGAGCUGGUAUGAUGCAUACCUCAGAUGGGACAAGGAUAAAUACGACGGGUUGGAUUCCAUCAGGAUUCCAAGCAAUUUGGUUUGGAGACCGGAUAUUGUCCUAUAUAACAAGGCUGAUGAUGACUUUUCAGAACCAGUAAAUACUAAUGUAGUGCUGAGGUAUGAUGGAAAAAUCACUUGGGAUGCACCUGCUAUCACAAAGAGCUCUUGUGUGGUGGAUGUGUCAUAUUUUCCUUUUGACAGCCAGCAGUGCAACCUUACCUUUGGGUCCUGGACCUAUAAUGGUAAUCAGGUAGACCUCAUCAAUUCUCUUGAUAGUGGUGACCUCUCUGACUUCAUAGAAGAUGUGGAAUGGGAGAUUCAUGGUAUGCCAGCAGUUAAGAAUGUCAUCACUUAUGGCUGCUGCUCUGAGCCUUAUCCAGAUGUGACCUUCACGCUGAUUUUGAAAAGGAAGUCCUCUUUCUACAUAUUUAAUCUGCUGCUUCCCUGCAUUUUGAUCUCUUUCCUGGCCCCGCUGGGAUUCUAUCUCCCUGCAGACUCUGGUGAGAAAGUGUCUCUGGGUGUUACAGUUCUUCUUGCUCUGACUGUGUUCCAGCUGAUGGUUGCAGAGAUCAUGCCCCCAUCUGAAAAUGUACCUUUGAUAGGGAAGUACUACAUAGCAACGAUGACCAUGAUCACAGCUUCCACUGCAUUGACAAUCAUUAUCAUGAAUCUCCAUCAUUGUGGCUCAGAAGCAAAGCCUGUUCCACAGUGGGCCAAGGUGGUUAUUUUGGACUAUAUGUCAAAAAUCUUUUUUGUUUAUGAUGUGGGUGAAAAUUGCACAAGUCCAAAAAGAGAGAAAGAAGAAGAAUGUAGGUUAGAGGGGGAUGAUGGGAGUCCGAGGAGGCACAAAGAGGUAAGGAGUCCUCUUUCCACUAGGAAUGAUGACUGCAGUCUCAAGGAGAAACUCAGUGGAAAUUGGAAUAAAAGCUAUGGAGUCCAUGGUGAAAAUGUUAAUUGCUGUUCCUGUUACAAAAUGCUGAUUAAGAAUAUUGAGUAUAUUGCUAAUUGUGUUAGAGACCAUAAAGCAAACCGGGCCAAAGGAAUUGAGUGGAAAAAAGUUGCAAAAGUGAUGGACAGGUUUUUCAUGUGGAUUUUCUUUAUCAUGGUGUUUUUUAUGAGUGUGCUGAUCAUUGGGAAAGCUGCUUAA